AUGAGUUGGACCGUCUUCUUGUUGAUAUACCUCUUCGGAGGCCUUACCUUUCUGCCAUUGCUGGUGGCUUGCGCUCUACUUCAUGCUCACCUUACGUUUCCUUACCGCCCAGAUGCCGUCCAGCCCCACGACCCAGAAGCCGACGACUUGAUCCAGCCUGGUGACGAUCUUGAUGCGCUCAAGGCGGAGCAAAAGAAGGAUGGAAAGCCCCGGGUGACCCAUCACGACGAUGGUGUCGCUUCUGGAUAUUUUGCAGUUUGCCGCGAGUAUACGCCCAUGGGAAUCAACGCGAAGCCUAUCGAGCGGUCGACACCUGUCGGCUCCACCACCGUCGCCGCUCCCAGUCCCAGUGUCUACCAGACAAUGUAUCGGAGUAUCUUCGAUCGCAAGUCCACCGGUCCUAGUCCCAUUGACCACAAGAACGGUCCUAGCCAACGCCCUAAGAAGGCCGGCAAUGUCUUUUAUGUUGUCCUGAGACACGGCCAUCUCAUGCUCUUUGACGAUGACGAACAACUCGAAGUACGGCACGUUGUGGCGCUGGCGCACCAUGAAGUCAGCAUAUACUCUGGCGAGGAAGUUACUCCUGAGGGCGAGCUGUACAUCAAGCGCAACGCCAUACGUCUCUCGCGAAAGACAGAUGGGCUAGAAAUAGGACCGGAUAGUCAGGUCUCGAAACCUUUUUACCUCUUUUCCGAAAAUUGCUCUGCGAAGGAAGACUUCUACUUUGCUUUGCUACGAAAUCAGGAACAGCAGGCCUUGGACACGGAAAGCGAUAUUCCGUCUCCUAUCCAGUUUGAGGUCAAGAACAUUAUCAACUUGGUACAGAGACUGCACUCGUCAGAAGAACACAUGCAAACACGUUGGCUCAAUGCAAUGAUUGGGCGCGUCUUCUUGGGCAUCUACAAGACCAAGGACAUUGAGAACGCAAUACGGGAGAAGCUUACAAAGAAGAUCUCUCGAGUUAAAAGGCCGGCAUUUCUAUCCAACAUUGCUAUCAAAGGUAUUGAUACCGGAGAAUCGGCGCCCUUUAUCACAAAUCCACGGCUACGGGAUCUGACCGUUGAGGGUGAAUGCUGCAUUGAGGCAGAUGUACGAUACACUGGCAACUUCCGCUUGGAGGUUGCGGCGACAGCCAGGAUUGAUCUAGGCGCGCGAUUCAAAGCACGAGAGGUCAAUCUCGUCCUUGCCGUGGUUGUACGGAAACUCGAAGGUCAUAUCUUAUUCAAAAUCAAGCCCCCACCCAGUAAUCGCCUAUGGUUCUCUUUCCAACAGGCACCGAAGAUGGAGAUGACAAUCGAACCGAUUGUCAGCUCUAGACAGAUUACCUAUACCGUUAUUCUCCGCCAGAUCGAGAAGCAAAUCAAGGAGGUCAUGGCCGAGACCCUUGUCUUACCCUUCUGGGAUGAUAUGCCUUUUUUCAAUACAGAGCACAAGAAGUGGAGAGGUGGUAUCUUUCAUGAUGACACCGUCGUCUCAACCAUGGAUUUGGAGACAGCUGCGGCUCAAGAAGGCGAUUUGGACGAGGUGGAGCGAUUGGAAGGUACUCAAGACGUUCACGAACCCGAUCUGCCGCACGUGGAAAAAAGCCACAGCAUGCCCACUCUCGACAAGAAACCGUCAAUUAGCCUUUUCGGACGGAUGACAACGAAGGCGAAAGGGGACCCUAUCUAUUCUGCAUCUACAACCUCAUUGAGCACGAACAAUCAAAACGAGCUCAAGACCGAUACGAGGAGUGAAACUUGUAUACCACCUCCGAUUCGGGUGGUUUCGAUCACUCAUCCUCCGACGCCAACGGUUAGCACAGACGCCAUUAAUGCUGACGUCUUCAAACCAUCCUCGUCACCACCGGACGAAAGCCUUGCUGCAUCAGCGAUGGCAACAUUGUCUGUCCAGGCACAUUCUCCAUCACGACCACAGCCGCCUCACUCGCCCCUGAGGCCGUCCGUCAUACCCAAGUUAUCAGACCAGUCUUCCGGGUCCUCUUCCUCUGAAGCUGUGGAUGCGGAAAAAGAUUUGCAGGAUUUUGAUAAAAAGAACCAGGCAAGACGGAACACAGCCACAUCCGCAGGCAGCCAGGAGGAAAGCAGGACGAGGUCUCCAGCUUCGUCGAUAAGGGGGUCUGUGAAAAGUCAAACUGGGACCAUCAAGGGUAUUUUUGCCCGGCGAGAUACUGUAUCAUCGACAGCAGGAGCACCCACGCCAAAUCACCCAGACUCUGCGAAAAAGACUGCCUUGGCCGCUGCUUUUGUUACCAACGCGGCUGCAUCUGCCAAGCGUUGGGGGCUCAAUGCGUUCCAACGACACUCGAACAACGAUGGGACAUCGGGUAGGAGUGCUUCCUUCACCGAUGAUCAUCCAUCGGUGCUGGACUUGAAUCAGCCUAUGGGACGUGGGCAGCCGCUUCCGCCUCCAGGAACACCACUUCCGAUGCCAGACAGAAGGUUGAAGGCAACAUCCAUCAGUAUCCCAAGGCGCAAACCGAUAUCGCCUCCAGAUCAAUCACUGCAGCAACAUAAACCGAGCACGCCUGAAGACCAUGAUCACAAACCCGAACGCCGCCCUGUACCACCUCCCCCUCUCCCAAAACGUCUUGCGGCUCCUGCGGAGUCAGAACCGACUACACCCAUGAGCGAGGCCCAUGAAACAUCACCAAUGAAGCCUUCAUCAGACACCGUUGAAAGCAAGAACCAAAGUGGAAUUGGCAGUUCUGCGACAGAAGGACCUGUCGGUUCGAAAUCGCCCCCCAAGCCUUUGACGCCAUCAAUCCGUAAUACGCAGACUACAGGCCAGGAAAAUCACGAAGACGUGAAAGCGCUAUCGCUUGAAGUUUCAGCGCCUAAUAAUGAUGACGAUGAGUUCUCGGCUUGGAUGGAUGACGCCGGCCCGGUUGAAGAUACUGACGCAGCCCCGGCUCCUACAGUUAACGGCAGCGUUGGCGAGAGGGCAUCGCCUUGAUUGUGAGAUAGACCGGCUGGUACCUCGCAUAGGAGUUCAUUUGAGUAUAGUAUAAAUGCGGGCUUUGCUGGUGGGAAUCACAGUACAGCGAGGAGAACCGGAUAUAAUACUAUAAAUUUGUAUUUUUGUUUCAUUGUGCUAAAAAACAACAUCGCGUCGCGAUGUCAGACGUUCAGUAACUAUCAUAGCACUUUUGGUGAACAAGUAUCGAUUCAUAUGUC